AUGCCUUUGGGAAUAAUUCCUGGCGUAUUAGGACGCUGGGGCGACAACAUCACUGGACGUACGAUGUCAACUUUCACGGCGUUGAAUGGAGGGGAAACCAAGACCUCGGAAGGAGUAAGCGGGAGUCCGAUAACGAGGCAUGCUGGCUCGGAAGAUCGUGCUGCUGUUCAAAGCGUUGGCCAAGAGACCAAUACCGGAGACUCUUCCGUGACACAGGCUGCAAAAAGCCCCGGUUCUGGUUUAGAGCGGUCGCAUUACCAGUCGAAAGGCUAUCCUGAGGUCGAUGGGACGCACAAGCGCAAAAGAUCAGCUUCAGUUGAACGAUCACGUGAAGCACCAAAUGUAAAGGACCAGGAUCAGCGGCCUCAGGCAGAAUCAAGAGGCGCAUACGACACCCAUCCUCGAGAGCGAGAUUAUAGGCAUUAUGGGGAGGACCAAAGGGAGCAUGGCGAUUCAUGGUACUCGCAGCAGCAGUCUCGAGAUGAUCGAAAUUUGUACGAGUCAAGAGACCCCACAGGGUCUGUUCCCACACAGGCCGACGACCAAGCUGGUGAUAGCCUUCGAAGAGUAGUUAGUCAUGCAGACUCAGGGCAUGAUUAUCCAGCUACGAGCCCCGAUGGUGAUGAGAGUUCCAUGCUCUAUGGUGGUUCCUAUUCACAAGAUCAGUCGAGGGACCCCGUAAUUCAGUCAGACCCUAAAAAGCGAAAGCGGAACUUCAGCUGCUUGACAUGUCGAAAAAGGAAGAAGAAGUGUGACGAGUCGAAGCCUGAGUGUACCAAUUGUGUUCGUGGCGGGUUCGUGUGUUAUGGAUAUCCUAAUCAGCGAGGGCCACCACGGAUGGAAAAUAAACCUGCAGCCGUUCCACUUGAAUCGAAGGAUCCAAGUUACGUUCCCCCUGGGGCGUAUGGAAUGCCUCAACCUAACAACUAUCCCAAUCCUCCAGCUGCGCCUGCUUCCAAGCGCGACUCCGUUUCAUCUUAUCGUGGUCCAUAUCUUCGACUUGAGACUUCACAGGCACGUUCCGUCCUGACCGAUGAUGACAGACCGACUGCUUCGACUAUUCCGACGGCCUCGGUUGCUAGCUCAGUGCUAAGUCCGGAUAACAAAGCGUCUGCCUUUUCAUCGUACUCCAGUGCUGCAAACAUGUUUCCAACGCCGAUAAGCGCCAUCACUCCUAGCAUACAGCAGCUGAAGACACCAAAUAUUGAGCGCCCUCGAGAAUAUCCGAGAGUGCCACCACUGCAUGACAUUACUCGGACUGAUCCCGACAACAAUCGACCUGAGACGCCUCGUCCCGGGUCAUUGCCCCAAAUGAACAUAUUGGAACCGACUUCCACAGCUGCUUCCAGUUCCCAACCUCCGCCGUCAAGUACUGAUCCACAGAUUGCAGCACAGCUCGCCUUGUCUCACACACAGUACCCUUCUAACAGCAGUAAGCCCAGGACACAAAAGGAGGAAAUGCUUUUGGGUAGAGAGUAUUACCCGUUUGAUGAGGAGUUGGUGUUAGAACGCCAAAGGUGCAGUGCUGCUUGCUGGCGAUUCAACAACUCAACAAAUCCGAAUACCGGCGUAUCGGCAACGGAGCGGUCUCGCCUUUUCCGAGAUAUUCUCAACCCUCGCGAACCCAUCAAUCUCUCACCCCAGAUAGUCUCUUCUGCUAUCAGAGCCGGUCGUGUUGGAUCAGAAGUGGUAGUCGAGGCGCCAUUUACUUGCGAUUACGGAUACAACAUUACGAUUGGUAACAACGUUAUGAUCGGCCGGAACUGUACGAUUCUUGAUCCCGUGGAGAUCACAAUUGGAGAUAACUGUAUUAUUGGCCCCAACGUCACCCUCCUUGGGGCUACUACCUUCACUGAUCCUAAGAGACGAGCGGGCAGCAAGAGCCCUCAAAUAGGCGGACAUAUCAUUAUCGACGAGGAUGUAUGGAUUGGGGCUGGCGCCAUCAUACAGCACGGUAUCCGAAUCGGUAGGGGUGCUACAGUCUCUGCCGGAGCGGUAGUCGUUAAGGUAAGCACCAAAUUGUACUGCCGUUGUUGUUCUCCGUAG